CGACUUUCAUAGCAACCCAAAACCCUAGAGCUCUGAAUGUGGCGUAAAGCAUAUAAAACUAAUGGUAAUGCUUCAGUUAUAGCGGCCGCGGGAGAGAAGCCAAAGUUCAUCAACAAUGUCGAAGCGAGGAAGGGGAGGAUCUGCAGGGAACAAGUUUCGGAUGUCACUGGGUCUUCCAGUGGCUGCUACUGUCAACUGUGCAGACAACACGGGAGCUAAGAAUCUCUACAUCAUUUCAGUGAAAGGGAUCAAAGGUCGCCUCAAUAGGUUGCCAUCCGCAUGUGUUGGUGAUAUGGUUAUGGCCACCGUCAAGAAAGGGAAGCCUGAUCUCAGGAAGAAGGUCUUGCCUGCUGUUAUUGUUAGGCAGCGCAAGCCAUGGCGCCGAAAGGACGGUGUCUUCAUGUAUUUCGAAGAUAAUGCUGGUGUUAUUGUCAAUCCCAAGGGCGAGAUGAAAGGUUCGGCUAUUACUGGCCCCAUAGGAAAGGAAUGUGCUGAUCUCUGGCCGAGGAUUGCAAGUGCUGCGAAUGCCAUCGUCUGAGAGUAUAGCCAAAGCCAUUAUAGGUCGUGCCAUGUUUAAGAUUUUCUUCUAGUCUUCUUUUGGUUGGGUUUGCUCCUGCUUUGUUAGACACAGGUGCAGGUUCAAUUUUGAGGUUUCUUAAUCUUAAUGGAUUGCUCAAGUUUUAUAACGUUGCUUUUUGCUCCUUUCUUUUAUGUGAACUUUUGCAGUUUUCGCUUAUAGAUACGAAGGAUGCAAGUUUUAUAACGUUAUUAUCGGAAGAAGUAUUAGAAAGUUGUGUCGUUCUUGCUUGCUCUUGUAGGGAAUCUGGUGUUCAGUGGUGUUCGAUGAUAAAAAGUUGUAUGUUUGUUCACAUCUAAAUAGUCCCGUUCACAGUUUAAAAUGUUGAUCUCGAGAUCUUGAUCUUAUGGAAAUGUGAAUUACAUUUCUUAUGUUAA